AUGGCCCCCUCGUGCAACCCGAACGUCGCCGUCAUGCUCGAGGGCCGAUCGCUCGCCGUGGGCGCGAAGAAGCUCUCCCUGGGCUUCUGGCAGGCCACGGACGAAUCUGACCGGGGGAACGGCGACGCGCGCUCGAAGCUGUUUCUCGACGAAGACCCGUGGAAAUGCGACGCGAGCGAUGCGAUUGGCGAUUGCCCUGUGCGACGAGCCGACGCGGUCUUCGUGGCCGCGGGCUCUGUGUCGCAGCGCGUGCACGCGGUGUGCGCGGCGUACGCGCUGACGGCCGUGACCAACAUGCCCACGCUCGCCCUCUGGUCCGCCGACCGCCACCUGCCCGCCACCACCUUCCGCCACCUCUUCCGCCUCGCGCACGACCCCGCGCCUUCCCCCACGUCAUCCCGCGCGCGCGGCGAGAGCGGUCGCGAGGGGAGCGUGUGGGUGCAGGACACGCCCGCCGAGGCGGGCAUGCUGAGGCGCGCGCUCAAGGGCCGCCGACGGGUGGCGUUCGCGCCGUGCAAGAACACGACGGCCGGCCACUCCGCCAGCGGGCUGCCGUUCAAGGUCUUUCUCUCGCCGGCCGUGCGGGAGAAAUCCACCGGCCCCCUGCGCGUGGACGCGUGCGCGUUCGAGCGCGAGGUGGACACGUGUCUGGCCCUGAUUCGCCCGUCGGCCGCCGUGGCGGCGAUGGUGGUGGAGGAGGAUCUGGCGCGCGUGGCGGCCUCCAGCGCCGUGCUGGUUGACGUGAGUGUGGAGCGGGGUGGAGUGCGUGCCGCUCCUAUUUCUUGUCUCUCUCCUACUUCGUGCCCCCUCGAGAUCUUCCCCGCUCUUACUCUGUUCCCCUUCUUUUCCCCUGCCCCAUCCUUCUCUCCGGCCCACUCCAAUCAUUUCAUCUCCCUCCGCCUCUUCACCCACCAGCAACUGACACAAGGCGUGUGCUCCGGCUGCACUGCCAACUCCAACCGCUCUGCACCGCACUGCGCCAUGCGGCGAGUGACAAUGGAGUAUCUAUACGACCCAGCAGUGAGCUUCACAGCAGGCGGUCUGAACACAUCGGACAUCACGGUUCUGAGCAGCUACUUCAGCCACCUCAGGACCCCCCUCGUGCUCAAAAGCACUCAGCAGCGGAAUGCCACGUGCCGUUUGGGGGGAGUGGAGGGCAGGGAAGAGGGGGAGGGUGAGAGGAGGGAGCUGGUGGAGAGUGGGGAGGAGGGGCGGGUGGUAGGGGGGGUGAAUGUGAGCGUGGUGGCGGGGGGAGGAGGUGCGGGGGGAGGCGGUGCAGGGCUGGUGGUGCAGCGCGGGGCGGAUCGAGCGCUUGCGGCGCAAGUGACGCGGUGCAGCCAGCUGCAGGUGGCGGAGCUCUUCACGCUCAGCUUCGCCCGCGGGCUGCUGGCAGUCAACCGGUCCUCCAUAGAAGCGCGCUUCGUUACAGCGCAAGGCCGCGCGCGGUCGGCGUCGUUUGGCGUGCACCGGUCGGUGUGUGAGUCGGUGGAGCUGCGGCCAAUCAUAAAGCAGAAGUGGGCCAUGUUUACUCAGGUGGAAGAAAAACUGAAGCUAGUGGUGUGCACGAUGCCCAAGGUGGCGGCCAACUCGUGGCUCAUGUGGCUGCGAGCCAUGCUGGGGCAGCCGCACCCCGAGGACCCCAUUCUCGCGCUGGACCCGCGGCGGGCGGGCUGGCACAUGCUCACGCUGCACUUCACGGAGCAGCAGGCGGUGCAGCAGGUCACCCGCCCGGACUUCUUCAAGUUCACCUUCGUGCGCAACCCCUUCUCACGCGUGCUCUCCGCCUACUCCAACAAGCUUGUGAUUACUGAUGCACCCAACAACAAGACGGGCCCGGGCUCUAGAGAGUACUGGAAUGAGCAAUUCUUCAAGUACCUUCGGCCGCAGUGGGAGAAGGUGAAGGGCAAGGACGACCUGGUGUCGUUCCCUGACUUUGUCAAGCUCGUGGCGAAGCUCAUGCAGAACCACCGCUGGCAUAUGGACCGCCACAUUGCAUCCCAGUCGGACAUUUGCUUCAUGGACAAGAUCAAGUACGACUUUGUGGGGCGGUUUGAGAGUCUGGAGGAGGAUGCCAAGUAUGUGGUGAACCGAUUCGGAGGCGACCAUCUCGACAUCUUCAACUUCGGCGUCAACGCGCACCAGACCCGCGCCGACACCAAGCUUGCGAAAAAAUAUGACAAGGAAACAUACGAGCUGGUGAAGCGAGUGUUCGCGCGCGACCUACACAUCCCUCUCAACAACAUCACUCAACAAGCACCAUCUGUCCUUGUGGACAUGUUCGAGACAAAAUAA